AUGGCGACCGUCGACGCGGUCGCGCGCGUCGCGACGACCGGGCGCGGGCGCGCGACGUUGGUUUUGGGCGACGGGACGCGCGUCGUGCGCGUCGAGGACGUCGUGCGCGUCGAGGUUCGGCGUCGACGUCGUCGGCAUCGGCAUCAUCGAGAUGAAGACGACGACGCGCGGACGCUCGCGGUGACGGCGAUCGCGCGGCGACGCGGAUUCCCGGGAAUAUCGACGCGCAAGAGAAGCGCGCGACGGUUGAAGACGCACGAGACGGCGUGCGCGACGGCGGCGGUGGCGAACGAGGCGAGGACGCGGUGCGCGGAGGCGUGCGGGCUCGACGACGCGGACGCGAGCGGGACGGCGAGGGAGAGACGGCGGCGGGUGCUGGUGAUCGUGAAUCCGCGAAGCGGACGAGGCGAGGGGACGAAGAUAUGGGAGACGAAGGCGCGCGCGGUGUUGGAGGCGGCGAACAUCGAGUGCGCGACGCGGACGACGAAGGCGCGAGGAGAGGCGACGAACAUCGCGCGAGAGCUCGACGCGAGUCUGUACGACGGCGUCGUCGCCGUGGGGGGGGACGGGACCGUGGCGGAGCUGUUUCAAGGGCUGAGCGAACGCGAGGAUCGAGAGGAGAUUUACGCGAAGAUGCCGAUCGGAAUCGUGCCGGCGGGUUCGGGGAACGCGCUGUGCAAGUCGAUUCAGCACGCCGGCGGCGAACCGUGCGAUCCGGUGAGUUGCGCGCUGACGAUCGCGCGGUGGCGCACGCGCGCGCUCGAUCGAUCGGAAGUGCGGUUUCAAGAUUCUAAAACCGCAUCGGGUUGGGGGGAUGACUCGAAAGUCACGCACUCGCUGCUGUCGACUUCGUGGGGAUUUUUCUCCGACGUCGACAUCGAGAGCGAGCGGUUUAGAUUUCUAGGAGGCGCGCGAUUCACGCUGCAGGCCAUCGUGCGGAUAUUAGCCAGAAGAAAGUACCAGUGCGAACUUUUAUACGAAACCACCGAAGAGGGCGAGGCGUACAACGCCCAACACUGCGACGGGCCGCACGGCGAACCGGUGCCGGGUCGACCGGGAUGGCGCCGCGUCGCCGGCGACGUCCUCGGUCUCUGGGCGCUCAACGUGCCUUGGGGCACCGAGUCCACCUUAGCGGCUCCUCACGCGAAGUUUGACGACGGUUCCAUCGACGUCGUCCUGGUGAACGUCACCAAUCGCAAGAACAUGCUCAAACUUUUGCUCGAUUUCGACGCCGGCGACCACGCGCGCAAUCGCGCCGUCCGUUACAUCAAAGCCAAAUCCUUCGAAAUCUACCCCGCCGCCGCCGCCGCCGCCGCCGCCACCGCCGCCGCCAUCGUCGACGCAUCCUCGGAGACCAACGCCACCGCUCCCGGCGGCGGCGGUUACAUCGCCGUCGACGGCGAAGUCCUCGCCUCGCGGCGGUUUCGCGCCGCCGCCGCCGCCGCGUUCCCGUACGGUCCGUUUCGAUGCGACGUCAUUCGCGCCGCGUGCGCCGUCUUCGCCCCUCCUAGCGCUUAA